GACGGAAGGAAAUGCUUUGUGAGAGCUGCCGGCGGUGGGAGAAACGUGGCCGGCAAAGAUGAUUCAAGCGAUUCUGGUUUUCAACAACCACGGGAAGCCGCGGCUGGUCCGCUUCUACCAGCGUUUCCCAGAAGAAAUUCAACAGCAGAUUGUCCGAGAGACCUUCCAUCUAGUUCUCAAGCGAGAUGACAACAUCUGUAACUUCUUGGAAGGUGGAAGUUUGAUUGGUGGCCCUGACUACAAACUGAUUUAUCGGCACUAUGCUACACUCUACUUUGUGUUUUGUGUGGAUUCAUCAGAGAGUGAACUUGGAAUCUUGGACCUCAUCCAGGUUUUUGUGGAGACCCUGGAUAAGUGUUUUGAAAAUGUUUGUGAAUUGGAUUUGAUCUUCCAUAUGGAUAAGGUGCACUACAUCCUUCAGGAGGUGGUGAUGGGUGGGAUGGUGUUGGAAACCAACAUGAAUGAAAUCGUGGCUCAGAUUGAAGCUCAAAACAGGCUGGAGAAAUCCGAGGUGAGUGCACAGCUUGUGUGUCUCAUGCCCCUUCCCAUUUCUCCUCAGGGUGGCCUUUCAGCAGCCCCUGCCCGGGCCGUGUCUGCUGUGAAAAACAUCAAUCUGCCGGAGAUUCCUCGGAACAUCAACAUUGGUGAUCUCAACAUCAAAGUCCCCAACCUGUCCCAGUUUGUCUGAGGGCCCACGGCUACUGAACUGCAAUCCUUGAAGCAAGCCAAGCCGGUCCUGCCACAGACCCCACUCUGAGACUUAGAAGGGUCAGGCCCUGGGCCCUGCCCCCUGCUGCCGUGGGGUCGGGGGGGGGGGGGGGGGCGUCCCGGGUUCACGGCUAGCGCCUACCGGCCUCUGAUACAUGUGGCCACUGCAGAUGGGGGGGGCCCCCCCGGCUUGCUCCGUGGGGGUCCACAUGCCCGAGCCACUCGUACCUUUACCUCCCGCAUGUAGCCACUCCCAGGGACUGGGCACUGUCCGGGGGUCCACCUGCUUCCUAGAACCCACCCCUAGGACAUUCUCUGCCUAGAGUCUGCAUCCUUAGCACCGCCAUGCUUCUGAGGUCCUAUAGCAUUCACUCUUGCUAACGAGGUGCCAUAGCUAGAACAGGGCCGACCCUUCAGAUUAGGGUAUGUGGCGAGUGGCAAACGGGCAGAGUUUGAUGAGAACCAGAGUUGCCUCCUGGCUCUACCAGGGUUGUCAUGCCCCGAGUCCUUUCGUCUAGGCCAGGCUUCUGGUUCCCACCACCUACGGAGUAUGUUUCCCUCACUGUCACAGUCCUAGCUCUGUUUGCACAGGACUUGAUCCAGAUCCUGAACCUGAUACGUGCUGGUAGGGAGAGCACCCCCUUCCCCACGGCUGUUUCUCCAGCUCAGCCACAAGGUCCCUUAUCAAAGGGGAGAAGCCCUGCGUCUGUGGAGGGCAAAGCUGACCUGUGGAAUAUCUCAGAAUUAGGACUCUUUCCAGGUUUAAAUACAUUCUUCUCAUGAGGAG